UAUUUUUUUCCCACAGUGAAAAAUUACUUUUCUAUCUCUGUCGUGUGUUAUAGUGUCUCUUGUGAAUUGAAUUUUUUCGAAAAUAUUCACUCGUUUUAAUAGACAAGCAUCUAUCAUCGAAUUGCGUGAUCAUUUUAUUUUAUCUCGUCAAUAAAAAGAGCGAAUGUGUAAUAUUUUUUAAACUCUAUUAAGUUUAUAAUUUUAACGAGAUGUUUUAAACACUUGAGUACUUAAAUAUGUUCCAUUUUAUUUAAAUCAUUCACUAGAGGUGUCAAAUGUCACUCAAUCUUUACAGCAUUAUUAGUAAAAAGAGUUAGAUAAGAAAAAUUUAUAGAAAAUGUCGUCUUCCAUAAUUACUUACUCUGUAGCAUACUCUUUGAUUUCGUUUUGUAUUGUUUAUCCUCCUACUGAAUGUGAAGAGGCUGGAUUAACGAUAAAGACGCUCCUUUCUGGAGCUUUGGGUAGCGAAAGUAAUGAAUUUAUUCAAUAUCACAUUAGAAGAAGUUGUAUUACUUUGUUGAUACAUUCAAUGUUGCCUUUACUAUAUUUUGUGGGACUAUUUUUGAUACCAUCUGAUGAUUUCAAUGAAUAUUUUUCAAUCUCUGAGAAUUUUUGGACGCUAAUUUUAUUCACAUGUUCAUUAAUUUACACAAUAUCGAUAUUGGUUAAAAUUUCAAAUUGGUACAACAGUAAAUGGAAAACUCAUCCAAUUGUGAAAAAUCUUUUAGUAUACUGUAAUGAUAGCUCAACUUUUUCAUCUAUUGCAAAUGAUAUAAAUGCUGAGUAUAGAAGAAUUGACAAGUACACAAUUGAAACAAAUAAGAUAACGAAAGUAGUCGUUACAGAAAAUUGGAUCAUAAAAAUAUCUCCUUAUAAUUUACAUUUUGCUCAUCAAAGUGAUACAUCGCUUGUUGUCAAUAAAACUGAUACACAUGCCCCAUCAGCAAGCGCUAAAGGAGAAGUUCAAUUUGUUAAUAUAGAAGUAACUCCAGCCCGGCCCAAUGCCACAAAAUUCGACAUUAGAUUAAACUCUGCAGAUUUCAAAGAUUUGCAAGAUAGAAUUAUUAGACCAAUUACUGUUCUUGAUAAUAUAGUAUUUCACAAAACAAUAUUAGAAAAGUUUAUUGACACUUUCAAAGAAGAGAUUGCCAAGAAUCCUAAAGUUUUUAUUAGUCAAGAACUAGAACACUGUGUGAUGUGUAUGCAAGCACUUUCAAAUGUGAAACUCAACAAGCUUUGUAUAACACAAGACCAAACUCCUGAUUCUAAUUGUAUUGCCUGCUACUGUCGACCAAUGUAUUGUGCUGAGUGCAUAGCAAAGUGGUUUGCAUCUAGACAGGAUCAAAACGCACCUGAAACUUGGCUAUCUUCAAAGUGUACUUGUCCAAUUUGUAGAGCUAAGUUUUGUUUAUUAGAUGUAUGUUACGUUGAAAAAACAAAUAACUCAUAAUAGUUUUAAAAAAUAAAUUUUGAUUAGUUUCUAAGAAACUAGUUUAAUUGAUCUUAUUGAUCUAAUAUGUAUUGUAAAUAUUUUUAAAAGAUGUAUAUUUUAAUAUGUUUAUACUAGUCGAAAAAAUGCUUGUAUUAAUCUUCAAAAUCCUGAAUUAAAAUACAACUAUUUUCGUGUAAAAUGAGCUUAUUUGUUAUUUAUAAAUUUCAAAAAAGUUAUCUUUUCAAUACAAUUCAACCAUGACGCUUUUCAAUGAAUUUUAGUAUCAUGCUACAGCUGUAAAGAUAAAUGAGCAAUUAAGUCAUUUUAUCUGUACAUAAUUGUAUACUUCUAUGUAUUA